AUCAGAGCGCUCGUGCCUCUUCGCAAUGAGUUUGACGUGCUGUAGUCGACACAUGAGAAAGCGCGCGUGCCAUGACUCAUAUUCUUCUCUUGAUGUCUCGGAAUGUGUCUAACAGCGACCGGAGAGGCAGGCUGGGAAAAAAAUGGAGAGGGGGAGGAGAAGGAUCCAAAGUAACAGCGUGAAAUUGCAUAAAACAUGCCACUGAGCGCUCCGCGCACUUCCACACUGAUCUCUCAGCACGGAGUGGAUGUUCACAGCCGCAUGUGACGAGACGAGCUCACAGUGCAUUCUUUCCAUGGACCAGUAUCGAAGUGCCUUCUUAAAAUGUUGGAUGUAUACACUGGUGAUAUUUUAGUGUAAGGACAGAGUUUUCUAGAAACCUGCUGCUGAAAACUGAAAAAAGAGGAACUUUCAACAGACUCUGCUCAGAUUUCAGAGAUUUUUUUUUUACUUCUAAAAUGCACUUAUUUGGAAUUUCUGUCUUCUGUCUUGCAUUGUUCCAUGCAAACCUUGCUCUGGAGUCAGGCCAGGACUACUAUGACUAUGAUUAUGACCAAGAUCAAGGGGAUGCCAUGGAACAUUUAGAGCCAGACCUGAUGGAGCAGUUGCGUUCAGCGGGUAGCGUGGACGAGCUUAUGAGGAUGGUUUACCCCAGCUACUGGAGCAUGCUGAAGUGUCGUUCCAAGAUGGGAUCACGCUUACCUCACAGAGAUCACAGCUCCACAGAAACAAGGUCGGAGGAGGCCUCCUAUGCGGCUGCUUUCAUCAAUCUUGAUAUUUUUACAAGUAUUCAGACAGAGUGGAGAAACACCCUGUGCAUGCCGCGCCAAGUUUGUUUAGAUGUGGGGAAAGAGUUUGGGGCAGCUACAAACACCUUCUAUAAACCACCCUGCGUGUCUGUCUACAGAUGUGGGGGCUGCUGUAACAGUGAGGAGCAAGUGUGCAAGAACAUGAGCACUUCAUACGUCAGUAAGACGCUGUUUGAAAUCACAGUUCCUAUGAAGUAUGGGCCCAAGCCAGUCACCAUAAGCUUCGCCAACCACACUUCCUGCAGCUGUUUGUCAAAACAGGAUUUGUACCGACAGCAGCACUCAAUAAUUCGAAGGGCCUUACCAGAAUGUCAUGUGGCAAAUAAAACAUGCCCAAAGAAUCACAGCUGGAGUAAUCGCUUGUGCAGAUGUGUGCCACUACCCGACACCCUCUUUUCAGAGUCAAAUUAUGCAGACUUUGAGCAGGACUUCUGCGGUCCCGACAAAGAGCUGGAUGAGGAGACUUGUCAGUGUGUAUGCCGAAAACAGCUGCGAACGGCAGGCUGUGGACCGCACCACUAUUUGGACAAGAACACCUGUCAGUGUGUGUGUAAAGCGAAGCCUUCUUCCUGCAGGCCUCAACAGAGCUUCAACAAGGAAACCUGCCAGUGCACCUGUACCAAGGUGUGUCCUAGCAGUCAGCCUCUCAACCGCACCAAAUGUGUGUGUGAAUGCACAGAGUCCCCUAACAAGUGCUUCUUAAAAGGAAGGCGGUUCCACCCGGGCACAUGCAGUUGUGUCAGGCCACCGUGUAACAUGGACCCCAAGAAAAGAGGAUGUAAUGAUGAUGAGUAUUUCAGUGAGGAACUGUGUCGCUGCAUACCCACAUACUGGGGGAGACUGAACUAAACACAACUAACAGCUCAGGUGGCGCUGAAUACUCACGGACACGUUGACAUUUGGAGCAGUGCUAUGUUCGGCUGCUGCUUAUCCGACUCACAUGUGCUAGUCAUGUGGACUAGCAUGGAGUAUUGGGAGACGAGAAAUGUCCACAUUCAACCCCACAUAUCAAGCAUGGGGUGAGCUAUCAAGGACCGAGAGAGAUAUUUCUAAAGGCUGGAGCCAUGUUUUUUCAUUGUUUUAAUUAAAUUGUCUAUUCGUAUUUGUCAGAUACUGAUUAUAUAAUUUAUUGCCAUGAAAUGUUUUGAAACUCCCUUGUUCAUAGCAUUCAUUUCGAAUCUCUGCGAAGAAAAAACACUGUGAUCAAUAUUUUUAUAUCAUGUUAAGUCCCGUAAAAUAAAGUAUAAAGUUGUAUUAUAUAUUGUUAACUUAUUUAUCUUAUUGAAGUAAUACUGCACAUGAUUCAAAUGUAUUCAGUUUUGACUAUCAAAUAUAUGCACCUAUCAUUCCAGAUUAAAUUCUAUCAAACAGAAGGAGCAAGCCAGCAAAGAAAAGGUUUUUGUGUGUGUGUGUGUGUGUUGGAAGCAUUGCUUGUUGACAGUCUAAGACCAUUACGCAAGCCAACCAACAAUACCGAAGACUCUGAAUGGAAAUACAGCACAUAAACCUGGAUAUCGACCAUUAGCUGAAAACCGGUGCUACAUGUAUGCAGUUGCAUUACAUGAGUGACAAUAUACGCUUGGAUGAAUGGAACCUACAUCAUGUCCAACCUGCCUCCUUAAGAAACAGCAGUAUUAAGUGGAGAAAGUUGACCUCUGAGUGACCUCAGUGGUCUUUUAAGACUUUUGACCUCGGUAAAUAAAUACAUAGGAGGAAUGUGAUUGGCCCAACUCCACUUGGUGUCCGCCACAUUUUCAGCUUGACACUGUAAAUAUAAUAAAUCACCUCUGCUUCCA